CAGUAAUCCUCGGUCCUGCCCUUAAAUCCGAUGUGUCCGAAGGUAAGGCAGAUGAAGAGGCCUAAGUGCCAUGUAACCAAACCAACCACAACCAGAACUGUGACGUGAGAGCUGGAUAAGAUUAGACAUCAGCGUUAAAAAAACUCUAUUUCGAAUCGAGAAGAGUGCGCUCACGGGGAGGAAAUGGACUACAGCUUAGCGGCGGUGAAGAUGCUUCUCUCCCAGCUCCGGGACGCUAAACCGACUCCUUCUCAGAACGCCACCGCCCUAGGCGGUGUACUCUUCCAACGCGCUUGGUUACAGGGCGUUUUGGUCUCCGAUCCGGUUACAUCCGGUGGACGUAUGGUCCUAGAUGACGGCACAGGUCUCGUCGAGCUCGGCCUCUCCAGCGACUUUGCCCUCCGUCAAUGGAAAUCAGGGAUGUACCUGAUGGUUGUUGGUGUGUACCAUAUUCGUACCGGAGAGAUACCUCUGCUUAAGGUUCAUAAGAUGGUAGACCUGUCGGGAAGCCCGGAUCGUGAAGCCAUGUGGUAUCUAGAAGUCAUGGACGCAUACAGACUCUUCUAUGAGCCCUUGAUCCAAGAGUUCUCUUAAAUUCUUUCAGCUAGUACUUUUUAUCCUCUAGAUUUUCCUUCAGAAAACGAGCAGUAUAUAGUCUCUUCUCUUUGUUUUUGUUUUUAAGUUUCAACAGACCAGACUAUUCUUUGCUGGGAAAAUCAUUGAGAUAUAUAUAUAGCUUUUGCUGUUUAA